AUGCUAUUUGGUGACGAUUUUGCAGAAACAUGCAAAUCUGCUAAAAACCUGGAGUCAUUAGCAAAGGAACUGAAGUCUACAACGGCAACCAGCUCAAAAAACUUGAAGGGGCAUGCCUCGAGGAACCGGUGGCGGCCAACAGACAACAAGAAGAGGCCCAGAAACCACGCCUCCUAUGGAAGAACCUUACCCUGGGUGCAGCAAUUUUAUCUGGCAAAUCUACUCCAGGAAAAACAUAUCGGAGACUUCAAUAGAAAUUAUUGUUGGAUCCUUUAGCCAAAACACACUAAAACAGUACAAUAGCACAUUUUUAAAAUGGUGGUCAUUUUGUACCGGCAAUACUAAUAUAAUAUUUCAGGCAAACGCACAUAACAUUCUCAAUUUUUUAACCCAGGAGUUUGAAAAGGGAGCAACAUUCACAACAAUUAAUACACAUAAAUUUGCUCUAAAUUUGCUAUCUGAAGCUGGAAAAUCUGUAGAGGUGGAGCGAUUUAUAAAAGGAGUUUUCAAGGCAAGGCCAUCUUUCCAAGGUAUGAAGAGAUCUGGGAUCUUUAUCCGGUAUUGGAAAUGCUUGAGAAAUUACAUCCUUUAGAAUCUCUGGACCUAACAAACCUGUCAGUUAAGCUAGUCUUAUUACUUGCCCUUGGAACAGCUCAAAGGGUCCAAACACUAGCAAAAAUAAAGUUGAGCAACAUACUUUCCUCAGAAGACGGACUUAAAAUCAUGAUUACCGAUAUAUUGAAAACGUCAGCACCCAAGACGCCACAACCGGUAUUGAUAUUUCCCUUUUUUAAGGAGAAACCAGAACUUUGCAUAGCGACUACAAUUCUUCAUUAUAUAAAACGAACAAAACUAUCCCGAAAGAGUGAAAACUCUCUUAUAUUAACUGUAAAGAAACCCCAACAUCCUGCGACGACACAGACAAUAAGUCGUUGGAUAAAAUAUGGAUUGGGAAAAAUUGGAGUAGACAUAAAUAAAUUUAAAGGUCAUAGUACUCGCCACGCAUCUUCCUCGGCCGCUUUCAAAACUGGAUUGAAUAUUGAAAUUAUAAGGAAAUCAGCUGGUUGGACUGAAAAGUCAAGCUCUUUUGCUAGGUUCUACAAUAGACCGGUAUCUGCCAAAGAAACACCAUUUGCGUGUUACAUAGAAACAUUAACAAAAUCGUAAUGCGUAAUGUGCUUUAAUCCACGAAUUAGAAUUAAGUAUCUAUUUUCCUAUUUACAGUUUUAGCAAUUUCAUUCUGUUUAUAUACCAUAUACCUUAAUUCGUAAUUAAAUUAGAAUAAGUUAUACUAUUUUCUGUCAAAAUUGCUCGAAUAAAUUCUAGUAGCAAAUUGUGCUUGGUUAUGUUUCAAUAU